GGCUGUCUGGGUCAGAUGCAUCUCUGGGCUAAUGAUGCUGAGGUGUAAUUCUGGUCUAGCUCUGUCACUGCAUUUUACAAGCGUGUGAUGGAAAAAGUGCUCUGUGCUUGUUGGUACUGGGGCUGUCUGCCUCAUGCUUCUCCCCUUCAGACACCUCCUCCAUGAAUUUUCUGAGGUGACAUGCAUGCGUACCCUCCUGAUACUCCUUAUCCCCUGCUCCCAAACCACAGGCUCUGCAGCAUCUGACUAGGUUGUUUACCAAACCAGUGAAGACUGUCUGAUCUGUGUCCAGGCUUCCCCAGAGAGCGCCUCAGAGAGCUAUGUCCUGGCAGUUCUCAAAUACACUCUGAAGGUUCCUGAAUCUCCUGUUUGCUGCUGGAUGCUGGUUCCGAUCCAUAAGGGAAAUGGAAAGCUGGCCAGCUGGGCGAGGGCUGCGUGGAGCUCCUUUAGAACAGUAAACAGUGACUCACCCCCUCCUUGUGUCUUCUCUCUCUUCAUGUCAAAUAUAUUGCCUCGCAUAUGCUUCUACUCUGUGAUUCACACCAUCAGCCCAUCCCUCCCCGCUCUCGUUACAAAUGAGUGACAAGCGUCAGUCUGCCUUACAGGAUGUGUGAAGAUUGUCAGAGCAGGAGAAUGGCUUUUUGAAUGAUGGGGAGAGGGAUGGUGCUCUCUGCCUACAAUGCUGCAAUGUGCUGGGAAUCCGUGUCGUGGCUCCGAGCGGCAGAGGCACAGCCAGGAAGAUUUAAGCAUCUGUAGAUCCCUUCGCCUGCCAGCUCUGAUGUUCUCCUUGGUAGGCACAUCCGUUUGGCUAGCACUCUGGAGCUGGGAAUAACUUGUGGAAAAACGAGAAAUUUGGGUGACUUGACUAAAACAGCUGCCUGGGAAUUAAAUCGCCACGUUUGGGAACAAGUAGAGUAUUCCCUGUGUAACUGUUGGUGCUGAAUUGAGACGCCAUGGCAGUGAUCCCCAUCGCUGCUUGAACCUUACACUGUUUUUCUGCCCCCUGGAAGUCGUCGCUGGCCUGGCUGAAGUUGCAAUUUCUGAGCAGUUUUGUCCGGAAGACUGUGCUCAGGUUAUGACGACUAAUCCCAAACCGAACAAGGCAUUAAAGGUAAAGGAGGAGUCAGGAGAGAAUGCCCCAGUGCUGAGUGAUGAUGAACUCGUGUCAAUGUCCGUACGGGAGCUGAACCAGCACCUGAGGGGUCUCACCAAAGAGGAGGUCAUCCGUCUGAAGCAGCGGAGGCGCACGCUGAAGAACCGGGGCUACGCUGCCAGCUGCCGCAUCAAGCGCGUGACUCAGAAAGAGGAGCUCGAGAGGCAGCGGGUCGAGCUGCAGCAAGAGGUGGAGAAGCUGGCCAGAGAAAACAGCAGCAUGAAGCUAGAGCUGGACGCCUUGCGCUCCAAGUACGAAGCACUCCAGACCUUUGCUCGUACUGUGGCGCGAGGGCCUAUUACCCCGACCAAAGUUGCCACCACCAGUGUCAUCACCAUUGUGAAAUCAGCCGAAAUCUCAUCCAGUUCUGUGCCGUUUUCAGCAGCGUCCUAGUGCCCUCAGUGGGGGGAACUAGCAGCCUUUCAGAGGGGAGGGGAAAAGGCUCUUAUGCAUUGUUCCGGAGUCCUUGGUCACGUCAAGAAUUGGCAUUUUAACAAUUCUCUUCCAAAAGUGCAAAAAAUAGAAGAAGAAGAAAAACAAAACAAAACAAAACAGAACCCCCAAACCUACAAAGGGAACUUAACCGGCUGCUUCUGUCUGGACUCAGUGGCUCCAUCAACCUCUUGUGUCCAGGAUUUGAGCUCUAUAUGCAGUACAAGUUGCUUCCUCCUUCCCCCUGCCUCUCCAUACCCCUCUCAGCUGUGGGCAGCUUUCCAGCUGGGAGAAGAUACCUGAGGAGCCUCCGGAGUCUUCGUGAAUGAUGCUCAAGAGCCAGGAAACAGAUGGACCGAAGAAAUCAUCAUGUGAGAUGAAUGUAUGGGAAAAAGAGUUUCCUUUAGUGACAUCCUACUCCCUGUAAGAAGGGUCUCCCCAGCUUUCCCCACUUCCACCUGAUACUGCAAGGGCAGGGAUACAGGCUUUUUGGAUUGGAUUUCAACCUGCUGUGAGUGGAUGGAAGCGGGAGGACGAUGGAGACUAAUGCUUGGGUCUGACCACACCCAUUAGGAGUAACCUUCUGUUUUCAAUCCAUGCUGUUAAAAUAUGGAAAAAAAAUAUAUUUUGCAUAUUUUAAUAAGCCCCAUUACCUGUGUGGCCUAGAAAAAAAUACAUUGCAGCCGCCUUUAUUCCAAGCCCAAGUUUCCUGAUAGCUCCUUCCCUAAGGUGUGCCUGUGAAUUGGGUAUAUUUAUGCAGUUUAUUUCUUCCAAAUGAUCCGCAGUCUUGAAGUAGUGGCUUUUUUGGUUAUUGUUUCUGGAUUCCCUGAAGCUUAAGGGAAGGAGGCACAGUAAAUGCUGUGAAGAGCUGUGUGAUGGGGAGGAGGAGGGGAGAUGAGGAAAAAUGCCGCAAGUACUACUAGGUGGAGGCAGAACUGGCUGCAGGAAGGUGGGACAGUUCUGCUGGAAUCAGCACUAUGAGAAGGGGUUUGUGUGGAGUAUUUUGGAAAGAUAUUUUUAAAGCACUGAAGUGUAACUAGAGGGCAAUAGUGUUCAGACGGGAGAAGAGAAGUUACAAAACCUCUUCUUUGACAAAAGCAUUGGUAGGUUAGCAAUGAAUAUCCCAGCUGGAGAGCUGGGCUCACCAGUCUUUGAUGACCAGAGAAGGGCUGUGGGGAGGUCAUCCUGGAGCUGGAAUAGUCUGUUCCUCUUCAUAGCAUGUCAGGCGCUGAAGCUGGGAUCCAAAGAGUACAGUGAACAACCCUCAGUGUUCAGACAACCUGUGUGAACGUGACCCUGAAACUUGACGCUUUCUCUUGGGUAUGGGUGAAUUAUCCUGAGAGAUUCACAGAGGGCAGGAUAGAAAAUUGGUGUGUGUAGGGGACAGAAGAAUUGGGAUCGAGAAGUUGUUUGUAUGGCUCUGAGUAGUGGUUUGGGAGAGGGAUUUCUGGCUUGGCAAUGGGCAGGAGAUAGAAAGCUGAAGGGAGAGAUUCUGCUGUCAUGCAGCAGCGCUGAAAAGACGAAUGUUUCCAGGUCACUGUAAACAAAAUAGCUAUGUUGGUGUUUGUGUGUUUUGUUGUUGUUUUUUUUUUCUUUCUUGUUUUUUUUUUUUUUCUUUUUGAAGUAGGAAAGAAAAGGGACUGUGAGUUUUGCAGGACAGGUCAGAGACUUGUGGAAUGGACGAUGCCUGAUGCCUGUUGUCACGCGGGUGAGAAGAGAAUGAGAUUGCUGGAGUUUAAGAUGAGGGGAAGAGCUUAGAGGAUUUAGGCUGCAGAACAGAAAACAAAGAUCAUGGAGAAUUCACAAAUGUUUUGGACUGAAAGAGAAUAAUCAAGUGCCACCGUUGUUGCAAAGGGGACAGUGAACUGGCAUCUGACACCCAGUAUAAUUUGUUGUUUGAGGCUUUGUCUUGUCUUGCCUUGAAUGGCAAGUAAGUUUGUAGAAAUUUAGUGAAGCCCUACUUGUCUUUGGAAGAAGUUGUUAGCUUGCUUUUUCUUUUUUUUCACUUUGUCAUCAGAGUCUCUGGAUUUCCCAGGGGGGUCCUUAGUGAAAUAGGUUAAUGAAAAGAGAAACCUCAGACUUGGUUCUCGUUCAGUCCUCAACAUUGACAUCCGUGACCUUACUGAGCCAGAAAGGGUGUAAAGUGAAACACUUCCUGAAGGCUCAUUACCCUUGCCAGAUCCAUGUGUUUUGAAGGGGAGCAGGGAGUUUCCAUCAAGUGAUUUUCCAACACUUAGAGUUUGGAUGACACUUAGAGUUACCUCAUUUCUCCUCCACUCCCUCCCUAUCUCCAAACAGGCAGAUCAAUGUCCUGUGUAUCAGUACCAGUUAUUGACUCCCACAGCAGAAGCUGAGGAAGAGAAAGAUGUUACUGUCAUUUCCUGGUCCUCUCAUGUUCUCCAGCUCACAGACAUUGGAAACUUUCCCAGACCUUACAGGUGCCUCCGAAAACAGGCAAAAUGGAGACUCCUGGCACUGUUGGGGCUUUAAAUGAAAACUUUAAUGAAAAAGGCCAGUUGACUUGAAAAUGCCCAAAUGCUUCCAGUCUUUAAAACAGCUCCAGAGCUCCAUAACAUUCCUGGCUAGAUAGGAACACCCUCUGGCUGCCCUUGACCCCUUCCCCUGACUGGGGAGAUCAGACCAGUCGCACUGAGGGGGACAGAGGUUGAACUUUGUUCCGUGGGGUCUUCUUGCUGUUGGAAGGAGUUGAGAAACAUAUCUUUACGUGGCACUUCCCUUGUGGCCAAGUAUUUCUUUUUUUCCAGUUCUUGGAAGGGUGCCAAAGGCUUGUCCAAGUGAUUGCUAGUUUAGUGCUGGUAGACACUUAAAUCUCUGGUCACUCGAUAAAGAACAAGAGGCCUGGGUGUUGUUAAAGCUGUUGAUACCAUAGCCAUGGUAGGUAAUCCAUAUUGGAUAUCCAUAAGGACCACGUGGAAAUAUUUAAAGAGAGAGAAAUAUAUAUAUAAAUAUAUAAUUAUAUACAUUUUAUCGUACAGAUUUUUCGUAAAAAAAAAAAAAAUAAUAAUUUUUUUUCCAAGUUUGAUACUGUAAAUCUUUAUUAAACGAAAUUGCCAGUCCAGGGCUCCCUGGGUGGUGACCUGGAGGGGAAUGAAAUGUCCUGGCUAAAACUUCCACAGAGGGAUCAGAAUUGCAAGGUAACGUGGAGGGAGGAAUGACCCGAAAGCUGUUGUCUGCGUUGGAGACCCAGCUCCUCCACCCUGGAGGGCCCUCCAGCUUGAGGUUGUCACGUUGCAUUCCUCUGGGGUUCGGGUUGUUUCUGUUGGGUUGUUUUGUUUUGUUCGUGGCGUGGUUUGUUUGUUUGUUGGUGUUUUUGUUUGAUUGUUUGUUUGUUUAUUUUGUUGUUGUUGAUUUUUCUCUCCGUCCUGCACUUGCAAGCCUGACACCCAGGGCGGGCACCACAGGGGAGCUGGCUGAGCCCACUGUCACCAGCCGCGCCUCUCGCUUGUCUCUUUGCUGCAGUAGUUGAGAUGCUGGGACGCCCUUUGCUGACCCCGUUAAUUCGUUCUGCCCCGCUGAGGAACGGGGGUUCUGGGUUUGAGUGCUGGGAUCCUCUCCCCUGGGUCUGGCCUUUCUUUGGUUACUCCUCAUCCGUAGCGUGACGUGGGAACCACAGGCUGGGGCGGGAGGCAGGAGGAGAUGCAAGCGUGGGGCAGGGACUGGGAGGGACACCUCUGUGCUUGUAGAUGUGUUUGCUGUGCUCGCUGUUGGGAGUGGGGAUCCUUUCCCUCCAGGGCAGCUCCAGAUCCCUUUGAAGCAAGUCAGUGUCUCUGCUCUUGCCCAACUCUGGCUGCCAGAGGAGACCACAAGGUGCAAGCUUAAGAGACCGAGGUGACACUGCAGCUCUGGGGAGGGGACAAGGCACUGGCUCGCCAGAGCUGUGGCAGGGCCAGGCAUGAUGCCACGGGGAUGUGGAGUGGUCAGGCCACAGGAGGGCUCAGACCCAGGGAGGAGGAGGAGGAGAAGUUGGCUUUUUUUUUUUUUUCUCUCUCAAAUCAUUUAAACUUCAUUGUCAUGAUUGUUUUUAUUUAAAAAAAAAAAAAGAAAAAAAGAAGAAACAAAACAAAAACGAAAAAAAAAGAAGAAAAAAAAGAAACAAAAAUGAAAAACUUUUGUAAUGUGGAUUUGUUUUCCUUCGUCUGUAUUUCAGUCUGCUGGGGUGUUUCUGUAGAUGGUGGAUACUUGCUUUCAUUUUUUUAAUGAUAGAAGUCUUCUGUUUUAAGUUGUUUUUUAUCACCAGCUCAUUCUAUCCUCUGUGGUUACUCAGUAAUUUCAUUUCAAUAUUUAUUUUUGUGCUGCUUUUUUAUUAUAAAAUAAAUUAUUGAUAUACCAAGCAAUGUGGAUUCCUGUUUGUAAGGCGAAUAGCCCUGUGUAUGUGUCCAUUACUUUCUCUUGACAGCCACAACGUAAUUUAUUGCUGUAAAUUUAGCUGCAGUGACUGGUUUUUUUGUACCUUUCCAAUAAAGCAUUUUCUGGUUUCAGA